UACCACUAGAUCAACCAAGUUUCAUUCUUAUUGAAUUAUUUCCCAAUACCCGUAAUUAAAUACAAGCAAUCUCAAAAUCAGCUCUCAACUUUCUCUCUCCUUCUCACUCGCUCAUUUGCUUGAAGAUCUCCCAGUUCUCUCCCAUUUGAUUCGUACCAAGCGGUCUGCUUAAAUCGUCUUCCUUUCAAUCUGCUUUCUGCUGUGGGAAUUUCUGAGGUGUAGAGAUGGUUGUUCUUGCAGCUUCUAUCAUCAGUAAAUCUGGCAAAGCUCUUGUGUCCAGGCAAUUUGUGGACAUGUCUCGCAUAAGAAUUGAAGGCCUUCUUGCUGCAUUUCCCAAGUUGGUUGGAACAGGAAAGCAGCAUACAUAUGUGGAGACUGAAAAUGUCCGAUAUGUUUACCAGCCGAUUGAAGCUCUAUAUCUGCUUGUUGUUACCAAUAAGCAGAGUAAUAUUUUGGAAGACUUGGAAACUCUAAGGAUGCUUUCUAAGCUAGUACCAGAAUAUGCUUUCUCUUUGGAUGAAGAAGGAAUCUGUAGAGCAUCAUUUGAGCUCAUUUUUGCCUUUGAUGAAAUUAUUUCUCUUGGGCACAAGGAAAAUGUCACUGUUGCACAAGUAAAGCAGUACUGUGAGAUGGAAAGUCAUGAGGAGAAACUGCACAAGCUGGUGAUAGCAAGUAAGAUUAAUGAAACCAAGGAUAUCAUGAAGCGCAAAGCUAGUGAAAUUGAGAAAAGCAAGAUCGAGAAGAAUAGGGGUGAUAAAGGUGGAUACAUGUCAUCCAUGGGCUCUGGAAGACUUGAAAGUACCUUUGGUGACAUGAGCAUAUCUAGCAGCAGCACUGGUUUUGGCAGUGGUUCUGGGUUUGGAAUGUCGACUGAUCUGGAUUCCUUCCCAAGCAAGUCGAAAGCAUCAGCUCGUCCAGCUUCAGCUGUCAGUGCUCCGUCUAAAGGUCUUGGCAUGAAGCUUGGUAAAACACAAGGGACAAACAAAUUCUUGGAAUCCUUGAAAGCAGAAGGUGAAAUGAUUGCAGAGGAUGUCCCACCAACUUUAAGCAAUUCUAAGGCUGCUGCUCCACCAUUGACUGAUCCCCUAACAUUGACUGUGGAGGAGAAGCUCAAUGUGACACUGAAACGAGAUGGUGGUCUCAGUAACUUCGACGUUCAAGGGACUUUAUCACUUCAGAUUCUUGAGGAGAAAGAUGCUUAUGUCCAAGUUCAGGUUGAGUCUGGUGGUAAUCCCAGUGUCUUGUUCAAAACGCAUCCUAACAUCAACAAGGAGUUAUAUUCAACUGAAAGUAUAUUGGGUCUAAAAGACCCUAACAGGCCUUUUCCCAGUGGCCAAGGAGAUGGUGUUGGGCUUCUAAGAUGGAGAAUGCAGAGCACAGAUGAAUCAGUUGUUCCAUUGACAAUCAAUUGUUGGCCUUCUGUCUCUGGAAGCGACACCUAUGUCAGCAUUGAGUAUGAAGCUUCGUCAAUGUUUGAUCUACAAAAUGUAGUUGUCUCUGUACCCCUCCCUGCUCUUAGAGAGGCUCCAAAUGUAACACAAAUUGAGGGGGACUGGAAGUAUGAUCCCAGGAAUUCUGUUUUAGAGUGGUCUCUUGUUCUGAUUGACGACUCUAAUCGCAGUGGGGCUUUGGAGUUUGUUGUACCUGCUGCUGACUCAUCAGCCUUCUUCCCCAUUUCCGUGCGAUUUACUGCCACAAAUACAUUCAGUGACCUAAAGGUUGUCAACAUUUUGCCUCUUAAAGGUGGAUCUCCUCCCAAAUUUACCCAGAGAAUCCAGCUCUACACAGAAAAUUACCAAGUGGUUUGAUGGAAGCACUGUAAUGGAUCAGCAUCGCGCAUUGUAUGGUUUUGAUUGUGGACCUUGGCGUCUUAAUAGAUAUCCUUCUGUACCUUCUUUGGUUACGGCAUAUUUAGUCAAAUUGUUGAAAUCAGAGAAUUUGGUUCUUUUUGUUGUCUCCAUAUUGUUGAGGAUUGGUUUAUACUUUAUACGGCUUUUCUAGGAGAGAUUCAACUCCUUGAUUCUGGUUGAAAUACUAGGCAUUCUGUACUGUAACAGAAAAGACGUAAAUAUUGGUAAGGAAUAUUUCUACCUUCA